AUGGCUGCAAAUAGAUAUUCCCAGAUGUCUGGCUUGUCAGCCGCUACAAAUGCUCGUCAGGCUGUUCAGCAGCCGCAGCAAGUCUCGACGACCACUCUGCUCAAUGCCCUACAUACGAUAUACUCCUCGGGUCAACCAUACUCACUCGACGCCAGCACGAGUAUUCUGGUUAAUACAUGGUCAUCGGCCCAAAACCCAGAUGCACAAGGCAGGACUGGUGGCACAGUAGACGACGAGACUGCUGUCAAGGCUUGGGAACAUGCAAGAAGGAGAGCUGAGGAUGGUUGCAUAGUGCUUGCCUCAGCCCAUCCUUCCACUCCCUCUCUAUUCACUCAAUUCCUCAGGAUCCUGCCUGUCGACGCACCAGACGUUCUCUUUGCUGCUGUUACUGCACUGCGCCCUUUCCUCACAUGUGUGACGCCACUCAAUGUCGAGACUGGUAGACACUCUUCUCUUGCAGCGACCUAUACUCUGUCGCUUGCAGGCAAGCUCACUGCCAUCAAACUGGCACUUUCGACAUCCGGCAUUGACGUAGACCAAGGCCUGCUAAACAUUCCCUCCGAACCUGGCUAUCGAGCAUUUGACGUCUUCUACUACUUACAUGCCUCCGCAAGCGCGAGCGAAAGAGAGACUCUGGGCCUGAAACCACUCCACCAAUACAGCUUGCUCAACCGUUCAGCAACCUUCGAGCCACCCUCUUACCUACCUACUGCUGACGAUGCGGCCUCCGCUGAAGAUUUCCGCAAUGCCCUCAAAGCCAUUGGAAUCAAGGGCGCAGCUUAUCGUGGUCUCCUAUCCGCCCUGGCUGCGCUUCUCAAGCUUGGCGAUACUCUAGGUCUUCUUGUUGACGCAGAACAGCUGGAAGAGAUCUGCGAAGAUGUCGGCAGUCUACUAGGUAUCGAGCCCGAAAUCCUGCUGAGGCAGUGUUCGACCGAUGACCGUCAAGUCCUCAUCGCUGGCAUCUACGAAGCGUUGGUAGAUUGGGUAAUCUUAAAGGCAAAUGCUGCCAUUACCGUUGGUCUCCAGAUUCCACUCAGCGGCGACAGCAGCUCGGAUGAUGCCACAAAUAACGGCGAUGAGGUCAGUGUGACUGUAAUUGAAAUUCCCCCUGAGGCACUUGGCAAGGCAGUCGCUUUACGCAGUGUCUUUGACGAUACAAUAGGCAUCAAUGCUGAAAUGAAAGAAGAUGGUGUCGAGGUAGUAGCGGCUGGCCAUUCUGUUCUCAAGGAAAUGCAAGCUGCAUUGUCCGAUGUUGCAGCUGACCUUGCUAUCGCUGGUGGGCCGGUUGCUCGUGAACGAGAGCAUGACCGGGAUCGUAGGCACGGCAUCUUGGAGCGCGUCGGCAUUGAAGCCGAACAGGGUGGCUUCCUGAAGACAUUACUCUACCCUACAGGCGACGGCGUUCUCAGCUUCGGCACCAAAGGCCGCUUUGAACUCGCUGCCUCGCUCGCUAGUAGCAGAGUCUGGUUUCAAUUGUCACUUCAUCCCACAGACGACUCGCUCGCAAGUCUUGCCACUCUGCCAACACCAACAUCUGCUUGGUCUGCUGGUGCUGUAUCUCGUCAAUUACGGGCAUGGCGGUUACCGGAAUGGGCCAACAGGCGCAAUAGGCAUCUCGAUUUUACUGCUGACUUCGAUGUCGAGGAAUUUGUCACAAGAUACUCUCGAUUAGGUUGCAAAGAUGGUCGUGACGGUGUCGAGACUUUCAUCCUGGAACGAGGCUGGAGCAAUGGCGAAGUUGUUCUUGGUCGGGAAAGAAUAUGGAUGAGAGAAAAUGCUUGGUGGGAAGCAGAAACGAUGCUUGACAUGAAACCCAUGCAUGAGAAAUACGGCGAGAACCCAUUUGCAAGCUCGUAUUCAGCCAACACACCCCAUAAUGGUAGUGGUUUCUUCCCGCCAAUGGACCAGAUGAGCAUGGUUGAUAGCAGAGAGAACCUGCUGGAUCAGAUCGGUCGGCCGAAGUCUAUGGCACCAACUGCAGCCAAGACUGUUAACACCAUUGGAGGUGACUAUGGUCUCGGACCUAAAGGUGAUGACAGCCAGGAGGAUGCCUUGUUCUACGAUACAGAAUUCGGCAAGUACACCGCAAUAGAUCCCGAACUUGCAGAUACGAAGAGGAUCGAAUCCAAGAAGACCAGCAAAGGUCGUCAAGCGUGGGUUAGCAUCGUCUGGGCUCUAACCUUUUUCAUACCUUCGAUCUUGCUACGCAGCAUUGGUCGUAUGAAACGACCAGACGUGCGUAUGGCCUGGCGUGAAAAGCUCGUGCUGAAUAUGCUCAUCUUCCUGUUCAACGCGACAGUCAUCUUCUACAUCGUUGUCUUUGGCAAGUUGCUCUGCCCCAACAUGGACAAAGCCUGGAACGCCAAGCAAGUUGGAUAUCAUCAAGGUACUGACGACUACUAUGUUAGCAUCUUUGGCAAAGUCUACGAUAUGACCAAAUUUUACAAGACGGACCACAGUGAUACUAACAUCAAGACUGAUGCAUCGAACAUGAUGCCGUUCGCUGGCAUGAACCUGGACGCUUACUUUCCACCUCCACUCAGCCGAGCAUGCCCAGGACUGAACGUCGAUGAAAGUGUGCAACUACAAUAUAAUGACACUGCAGCUCAGCAAUUCACUAAUGGUGUCCACUACAACGGUGAAAGAUUUCAGGGCGACACCACCACUGCUUUACACUCUUGGGAUUGGUUCGGCUCAAAGUUCUUACCUACCAUCAAACAGUACUACAAGGGCGCAUUAGUCGUUUCUUGGAAAGACAUUCGCAAGCAAGCCGACGAGGACCAGCGUUCCUGGGUGGUGGUGAAUAACAAGAUCUACGAUCUCACCGACUACCUCUACACGCUGGAUCGCAUGAACGACUACACUACAUACAAAUUCUUACCAGACGAGGUCACGGAACUGUUUCAGAAAUAUCCAGGAACCGAUGUUACCGACAGAUGGGGCUCAAGCGUUACGUGGCAGAACAGUCUUAAUUGUCUGAACAAUGCCUUCUACAAGGGUGAGACUGACUUCCGAGAGUCAGCCCGCUGCCAGGUCAACAACUACCUCCUGCUUGCCUUUGCAAUGAUUCUUUGUGCCGUCAUAUUGACGAAGUUCCUAGCUGCACUCCAACUCGGCUCGAAAAGAAGACCUUCUCCACAAGACAAAUUUGUCAUUUGUCAAGUACCCGCCUAUACAGAAGGUGAGGACCAUCUGAGGAAGUCGUUGGAUUCUUUGACUGCCUUGCAAUAUGACAACAAGCGUAAGCUUAUCUGUGUCAUAUGCGAUGGCAUGAUUGUUGGUGGCGGUAAUGACAGGCCGACCCCUAAGAUCGUUCUCGAUAUUCUUGGAGUUGACCCCAAGAUCGAUCCACCUGCUCUGCCUUUCAGAUCUGUAGGAGCUGGCAAUCAGCAACUCAAUUACGGCAAAGUCUAUUCCGGUUUAUACGAGUUUGAGGGCAACGUGGUACCUUAUAUCGUCGUCGUUAAGGUUGGCAAAGAAUCCGAACAGAACAAGUCAAAGCCUGGAAACAGAGGCAAGCGAGACUCUCAGAUCUUGCUGAUGCAGUUCUUGAAUCGUGUUCAUCACCGCGCUGCCAUGUCGCCUCUUGAGUUGGAAAUGUUCCAUCAGAUCAACAACAUCAUCGGCGUUGACCCUGAGCUAUACGAAUACCUUCUUAUGGUUGAUGCUGAUACUAUGGUGCGCGAAGACUCACUCAAUCGACUGGUCGCUGCUUGUGCAAAUGAUGCUAAGAUUGCUGGUAUCUGUGGCGAGACCAGUCUGGAAAACGAAGAACGAAGUUGGUGGACUAUGAUCCAGGUCUACGAGUACUAUAUUUCGCAUCAUCUCGCCAAGGCUUUCGAAUCCCUGUUCGGCAGUGUUACCUGCUUGCCUGGAUGUUUCUGCAUGUAUCGUCUACGCUCCGCUGACAAGGGCAAGCCGCUCAUCAUUGCCGAUAAGCUCAUUCAAGAGUACGCCGACUGCGAAGUCGACACUUUACACAAGAAGAAUCUUCUUGCUUUGGGUGAAGACCGAUAUUUGACUACUUUGAUGACGAAGCACUUCCCUCACAUGUCCUACAAGUUCGUUCCUGAUGCUUACGCACUUACGGCAGCUCCCGAAACAUGGUCAGUCUUGCUGUCACAAAGACGUCGCUGGAUCAACUCAACUGUUCACAAUCUAGCUGAACUUGUCUGGCUGAAGGAUCUCUGCGGCUUUUGUUGCUUCUCCAUGCGGUUCAUCGUCUUCCUGGAUCUUUUCGGUACGAUCAUCCUGCCAGCAACUUGUGUCUACCUGGGAUAUCUCAUCUACAUAGUGGCCACCGGGACCGGCCAGUUCCCACUGAUCUCCAUCAUCAUGAUUGCGGCUGUUUAUGGUUUACAAGCGAUAAUUUUCAUUGUCAAACGACAAUGGCAGCACGUGGGAUGGAUGAUUAUCUAUAUCAUCGCAUAUCCUAUCUACUCGUUCAUCCUCCCUAUCUACUCUUUCUGGAAGCAGGACGAUUUCUCCUGGGGAAACACACGUGUAGUCAUUGGUGAGAAGGGAGACAAGAAGGUUGUUGCACUGCAAGAAGAAGGCUUCGACCCUCGAUCCAUUCCAUUGCAAAAGUGGGAUGACUAUGCUACGCACAACGGUCUACCCGGAAGAAGAGGCGAACCAAAUGGAGGCUAUCAAGAGAAAGGAUAUGCUCCAUACUCUGACGAACCUGGCUACGGUGGUAUGGAGAUGGACGACAUGCACAGUACAUAUUCCUCGGUCAAGCCGACGAGUACUAUCCUGAACAACUUUCACCAACAACAUGGCACUCCAUACAUGGUACCACCACAUUCUCCGAUGCCCUACGCUCGUGGAGGUGCAGUAUCUGGCAUGGGUACAUACAAGGAUCAGCCAGUUUCCUUGCAUAAUCGUCAAAACUCACUCCUCAGUACUGGCAGUAUAUCACGAAUGAUGAAGUCACCAUCACCAGGACCUUACAACACAAAUGCGAACAUGUCUGCUGCAGCUUCUAGGUCACUACUUGGGCUGAAUGCCAACCAGAGUCGGCCUGGCUCGGCUUUCGACUUCAGAACUGCACAUCCAGCUGGACCAUCGAACGAGUCGAUAGUGGCAGCGAUCAGAGAUGUGCUACACGAGGUCGACCUAGAUAGUGUUACGAAAAAGCAAGUCCGGGCUUUGGUCGAACAGCGACUGCAAGCGGAGGUACCAGCAGGCGAUAGAAGGGCGUUCCUGGAUAGAGCCAUUGACGAACAACUGGCUAAUAUGUAA